AACUCAGAGCCACAAAUUUGUGUGCAAAAGAUAUUCUUUGCACAGAAAAAAAUUUACACAAAACUCUUUUUUCUUUAUUAUACAUUCUUUCAUAUAUCUUUGUUCUUGCUGUAACCAGUCAUUCUGAGUUCUAACACAUAUUUCAGAUAUGGCUACUGCUACUUCUACCAUGGCUAGCCAGCUCAAGAGCAAUUUUUCUUCUUCCAUGACUAGAGGAUUGGUUACUCCAAAGGGUAUUUCUGGAGCUCCACUCAGAGUUCUGCCUUCCAGGAGAAAGUCUUGCUUCACCAUCAAAGCUGUCCAGUCUGAGAAGCCCACUUACCAAGUGAUUCAACCCAUCAAUGGUGAUCCAUUCAUUGGAAGCCUUGAGACCCCAGUGACAUCAAGCCCACUGAUUGCUUGGUACCUCUCAAAUCUCCCGGCCUAUCGAACCGCAGUCAACCCACUUCUCCGUGGCAUCGAGGUCGGUCUUGCCCAUGGUUUUCUCCUCGUCGGCCCGUUCGUGAAAACCGGCCCCCUCCGAAACACACCUUAUGCAGGUGGAGCUGGUUCCCUAGCAGCAGCAGGCCUUGUUGUGAUCCUGAGUCUUUGCUUAACAAUUUAUGGAAUUUCAUCAUUCAAAGAGGGUGAGCCAUCAACUGCACCUUCGUUAACACUGACUGGCAGGAAAAAGGAGCCUGAUCAGCUUCAAACUGCUGAGGGUUGGGCCAAAUUCACUGGAGGAUUCUUCUUUGGUGGGAUUUCUGGUGUCACUUGGGCUUAUUUUCUCCUCUAUGUUCUUGACCUUCCUUACUACUUUAAAUAGAGGAAUUUAAAUCGCUUUUGAUGUGUAAUUAUUCUGAAUGUACAAUCGAAAAAACGAAGUUAAUAUCAUUUCAAAAAUGUUGUUCGGUUUAUAGUCCUCUACUCGUGAAAUGUAAUGUAUGCAUUUUUUCUC